AUGAACGCCCCUCCGCUGCACGCUGCCCUCGCCCGCACCCCCAUCGGCUCAAUCCGAGCUACUUCAACAAACGUUGUCGUCCUGGGCUCCAUCGUUGCCCUCCGCUCACUCCGCUACUUUACCCGCAAGCGGCCGCGGAGAACCCCGGCGACUGCCCCGGCCUCUCGACUCGGCCCGCUCCGGGGUGCAGUCACCUCGCUUGUCAUCCGCGAUGGCACCGGGGACAUCCUUGUCGAGGCGUGGGAUGCUGCUGCAGAGGCGGUAGCUGCAGUAGCCGCAGCUGCGACUGCAGACGCCACCACGGCCGGCCUUGUCGCCUGCCUCGCCGUCGAAAACCCGGAGGUCAAGCCGCGCGACGCGAGCAGUUCCCACGGGCCGCGAACAACCUCGGCCUUUAAGCUUGUUCUCAGCUCGGCGACGGGGCAGGGCGUGGUCCCGGUCUCAGCUGGCGAUGUCCUUGCUGCCACCAGCGCGUCGACGCUCUCGUACUUGCCGGAUCACGUGGCUGGGGUUGGAAGCGGUGCGCUGACCGCGCUGGCGGCGGCGCCGCGCAAGGUCGAUCUCGCGGUUGUCCGCGUUGUUGCGCGCGAGUCCACCACCCGCGGUAAGCUCAAGCUGGUCCUGGUCGAUGCUGGUGGGGCCCGCGCUGCACUCUACGUGCCUGACGAUGUCGCCGCCUUUGUGGCGCCCGAGAUCACCUCCGGCUCGCUCGUGGCACUCCACGGCGCCAAGAUGCUUCCCGACUCGGGAGCUGGCGCGAGCCUGCCUGCACUCACUCUCCCGUUUGGUGGCUCGGUCACGCUCCUGCCGUCGUUUGAGGCGCCGGAUGAGCUCGACGCCCACUUUGACGCGGCGGUGGCUGUCCACGCCCGGAAGACCCGCGCCGCACGCCUUCGGCAGACCUCGACGCUCCGUGCGCUUCUCAGCGACGCACCCGGAAGCCACAACGAGCUGCGCGAGACUACCAUUGCCGAGUUGUCACGCAGCUCGUUUGCGCUGGGCUCGGACGCGCCGAUCGGCGUCCUGCGCGGUGUCCGUGUUCUCGACUUUGGCCUCCCGUUUGCAGCGCGUGAUCGCUCGCGGGCGUUUUACACCGCCUGCCCGCAGUGUUCACGCGCGAUGCGGCCAAUCUGCCCUUCAGGCCACGUGCUGGAGCCCGGGACAACCGGGCAGCCAUGCUGGAGGGUCGAGAUGCGGCUGCUCGACGAGACCGGUGUCACCGCACCGAUCACGGUCUUUGGCGAGGUUGCGCAGACUCUGCUCGGCUCGCUCACCCACGCAGCGUACGCCACACUCUCCGACGACGCGGUCCUUGUCCUCCUCCACUCUUCGAUCCUGUGGGCCACUGUCGACGCCGCGUUUGAACUCUCGGCAUCGACCGGCGAGCUACGGCUGCUGGCGCUCCGGCGAGCGUAG